AUGGACCGCAGCUUGGACGAGAUCAUCGCGGAGCGUCCUCAGCAGAAUCAGAAUCGGGGCCGCCGUCCUCAGGGUCAAGGUCGUCGCCGUGAUGGCGUCAAAAAGCCCUACCGCGAUGAUCGUCUCGACCUAGAUUUGGACUGGGUCCACGAUAAAUACGAAGACGACAGAGAUGCACGCCCUUCUCGUGCCCCUCGACGCCCGCGCGGUGAUCGCUAUUCUCCCUCGCCGGAACAUGCCUCUACGGGAUCGAAAAUUCGAAUUGAGAACCUUCACUACGAUAUCACGGAGUCUGAUCUGGAGGAUCUAUUCUCCCGCAUCGGACCUGUCACCAAUAUCUCUCUCGUCUACGACCGAGCAGGUCGCUCCGACGGCGUUGCUUACGUCACCUACAACCGCAACAGCGACGCGCGAACUGCGAUCAAUGAAUUCGACGGUGCAAAUGCCAAGGGCCAACCGAUCCGAUUGUCCAUCGUUCACGGCGGCGGCGGCGGCGGCGGUGGCCGACGAGACCGCAACCCAUUUGACAACAUCCAACGACCCAAGGGUAGCCUCUUCGACCGCGUGGAACGCCCCCGCGGCGGCCGCGAUGCUCGCAGUCUAAGUCCUGAAAGCGCAAGCGAUAGUGCCGACGGUGGUCGCCGUCGUAGAGGCGGUGGUCGACGUGGCGCAGGCCGUUACCGACGCAGUGAUGUCUCUAAACCGGCUCCGGAUCACAUCGACCGAUAUGUGCCCGGGCAGCGGUCGCCCGCUCGUCGAUCCGCCAAUGGUGGAGGCCGACGACAAGGUGGUGGUGGCGGCGGCGGUGGCGAGAACCGCCGAACUGCGAAUGGCCGACCCCGAAAGACGCAAGAAGAGCUGGACCAGGAAAUGGAUGAUUAUUGGGGCAAUGCGACGGGCGGUGCGGCCGAGAAACAGGCCGGCGCUGAAGAACAUCAUGCACCUGCGGCCGCAGCACCCGCGGCUCCCGCUGCUGGCGGCGACGAUGAUGUGGACAUGAUCGAGUGA